AUGGUGGGUGCAGGAGGUCCAGUGGCAACUUUCUCUGUGUGGGAUUAUGUGGUGUUUGCUGGAAUAAUUCUGGCGGCAGCUGGCGUUGGCCUAUUCCAGGCUAUCCGAGGUCGCAAGGAAACUAGCAGCGAGGAGUUCUUACUAGGUGGACGGCAAAUGACAGCUGUGCCAGUUGCCAUGUCGCUCACUGCCAGCUUUAUGUCUGGCAUCACAGUCAUUGGUACGCCUGCUGAGUCCUACCGGUUUGGAUCUGCUUUCUGGAUCUUUGGCUUCGCCUAUGCUAUCAUGUCUGCAAUCAGUGCUGAGAUCUUUGUUCCUCUUUUCUACCGACUGGGGGUCACCAGUGCCUAUGAGUACCUGGAGUUGCGAUUCAGCCGCCCCAUUCGGAUAAUUGGGACAUCAAUGUACAUCAUUCAGACGGCUCUGUACACCGGUUUGGUUAUCUAUGCUCCAGCUCUUGCUCUAAAUCAAAUCACUGGACUGGAUCUGUGGGGAGUGUUGGUGGCUACAGGAGUGGUGUGCAUCAUCUACUGCACUUUGGGUGGUCUGAAAGCAGUAAUCUGGACAGAUGUGCUUCAGAUGGUGGUCAUGCUGGCAGGUUUUGUGGCUGUUAUAGCUAGAGGAGCUGUACUGCAGGGAGGCCUGACAAAGAUUUGGGAAGAUGCUGGUGAAGGAGGUCGACUAAAAGCUUUUGAUUUUGAUCCAGAUCCCCUGAAACGACAUACUUUCUGGAGCAUAGUAGUUGGCGGCAGCAUAAUGUGGGCGUCAAUCUACUCGAUCAACCAGUCCCAGGUGCAGCGUUAUAUCUCCUGCAAAACCCUGGGACAUGCCAAAAUGUCUCUGUAUGUGAAUAUGGUUGGCUUGUGGAUAACUGUGACUCUGGCUGUGUUUUCUGGUCUCACCAUGUACUCCAUUUACAAGAAUUGUGAUCCACUAUCAAACGGUGAUGUUGCCACCCCUGACCAACUGUUCCCCUACCUUGUGAUGGAUAUUCUGGCAGACUUCCCUGGAAUUCCAGGCCUGUUUGUGGCUGCAGCAUAUAGUGGUACCCUGAGCACAGUGUCUUCCAGCAUUAAUGCCCUAGUUGCUGUCACGGUAGAAGACUUUAUUCUACCAGUGUACAAAGACCUCACAGAGAAGCAAGUGAGCUGGAUGAACAUGGGCCUGAGUGUUUUCUUUGGAGGAGUGUGUAUUGGAAUGGCUGGAGUAGCUUCCCAGAUGGGAAGCGUCCUGCAGGCCGCUCUUUCUAUAUUUGGCAUGAUAAGCGGACCGCUCCUUGGUCUCUAUCUAUCAGGCAUGUUUUUUCGCACAACAAACUCAAUAGGAGGACUUGUGGGAAUGAUCAUUGGUCUAGUGUUGACUCUGUGGGUGGGGAUCGGAGGCCAGCUUUACCCACCAACAGCUGAAAAGACUAAUCCUCUUCCACUCACCACUGCAGGCUGCAACAACACAAUAGGCCAAAACCAUACAACAAUAACUCCCUGGACCAGUCCAGUGACUCUGACCCCAGAGCCUGAUUAUAGGCCUCCUUUAGCAGACACCUGGUACUCUCUGUCUUACGUCUACUUUUCUCUGUUGGGCGUUCUGACCACAAUUGUGUCUGGCCUGCUUGUGAGCGUGAUCACAGGUGGAUGUAAGCAAGACAAGAUGAACUCAGAGCUGUUUGUGAGGAAGAAUGACUUAAUCUGCUUCAGCUGGUGCAAUAAGUCAAAGGAAUCAGACAUCACAGAGAAGCCUUCAGCAAACAUUUGCAUGGGAGCUGACAACCCAGCAUUCAAAGAAGACGACGUGAUGAGCAAAGAUGUUGAAAAAAACACAAGACUAUAA